AUGGAAUUAGAGAUCCAGAUUGACAAAAGCUCCCCAGAUGAAACCCCCUCCAUCUUUAAGAAAUCGAUUCGGCCAGUCACAUUGAAGUUUGAGGACGUAAUCUACAAGAUCAGAAUCAAGAAUGUGGGAAUAGGAGGAAUAUUAUGGCCACAGAGGAGCAAGGAGACUGAGAAAGUGAUAUUGAAGGGUGUGACAGGAAUGGCAGAACCAGGUGAAAUUCUAGCAUUGUUAGGUCCAUCCGGAAGUGGCAAAACGACUCUCCUAACCGCACUAGGAGGCCGUCUCGGUGGCCAACUCGCCGGAAGCAUAACCUACAACGGCAAACCCAUAUCGAACGCAAUGAAAAGAAACACCGGAUUCGUUUCCCAAUACGAUUUUCUCUAUCCCCAUCUAACCGUGGUCGAAACCCUAGUUUUCACUGCCCUUCUCCGCUUGCCAAACGCUCUAACCAAGGAAGAGAAGGUAUCCCAAGCUGAAUCGGUUAUAGCCCAACUCGGAUUAACCCAGUGCCGAAACAGCAUUAUAGGUCAUGAGUUCCUGAGGUGUGUUUCAGGAGGCGAGCGGAGAAGGGUGAGCAUAGGGCAAGAGUUGCUUGUAAACCCUAGCUUGCUCAUAUUGGACGAACCAACCUCCGGCCUCGAUUCCACCACAGCUCAAUGCAUCGUUUCGGCAUUGUCUGAGUUAGCCAGUGGUGGAAGAACAAUAGUGAUGACAAUACACCAGCCUUCCAGUAGGCUGUUCUACAUGUUUCACAAGCUGUUGCUGUUAUCGGAAGGAAAUGCUUUGUAUUUUGGCAAGGUCUCUGCAGUCAUGGACUACUUUUCGAACAUAGGGUUUGCCUCAUCUGUACCCAUGAAUCCUGCUGAUUUUCUCUUGGACCUUGCUAAUGGGUUGACAAGUGAUGGUGCGCAUGCAAAUGAGUCCAUGGAUGAUCACAUGCAGAGCAUCGUUGUGGCCUAUAAGGAGAGGCUUUCGGAGAAAUUGAAGGAGGAACUUGCAGGCAAACGAUUCAAUGAAGAUAAAUUAUCAAAUGGUCCAGAAGACAAUAGUAAGGAGGAGUUUGGGAGGUGGCCGACAACAUGGUGGCAGCAAUUCAGUGUGUUGUUGAGGAGAGGAGUGAGGGAGAGGAAGCAUGAGUCCUUCUCUCCUCUCAAGAUUUUUGAGGUGCUUGCAGUCUCUCUUCUUACUGCCCUACUAUGGUGGAAAUCGCAUAUUUCCCACUUACAAGAUCAGAUUGGGAUUUUCUUCUUUAUUUGCGGAUUCUGGGGCUUUUUUCCUCUCUUAGAAGCAAUCUCUACAUUUCCCCAAGAGCACAAGAUGCUCCAAAAGGAACGGUCUUCUGGCACUUACAGACUUUCCUCCUAUUUCAUGUCAAGGAUUGUCGCUGACCUACCCAUGGAACUUGUUCUUCCUACCCUAUUCCUCGCAAUAACAUACUGGUCGGCAGGCCUAAAAUCCACUAUUGGACAUUUCUUGCAUGCCUUGUUGGUUCUGUUACUCAGUGUUUCAGUUUCUCAAGGCUUAGGACUUGCUCUUGGUGCUUUGGUAAUGGACCAUGAGGUGGCCAUGACACUUGGAUCGGUCUUCAUGUUGUCAUUCCUUCUAGUUGGUGGGUACUAUGUUCAACAGGUGCCUAGAUUUAUAUCUUGGAUCAAGUACCUUUCUUUCUCUCACUACUCGUACAAACUCUUCUUGGGGUCUCAAUACAAGACAGAUGAGACAUAUCCAUGUGACGAUGCUGGAGGAGUUUGCGUGAUUGCAGAUUAUCCAGCUAUAAAAAUGGUGGGGCUUGAUGGACAAUUUAGCUCUGUGAUUGCUUUGGUUUUCAUGCUUGUAGGUUACAGGCUAAUUGCUUAUGUCGCCCUCAUGAGGAUUGGGGUUACAGGAAAAUAA